UUCGGUUAGUCGCAGUCACGAAGCGGCGCCGAGUACGAUCGCUCGGUCGUGACCGGUCGCCUUCUUUCUACCCCUUUGUUCCGUUCUUACGCUCGGUUCGUCGACCGUCCGACCUCCUCCGCGUGAUCAUCCACACUUUUCAGUCUCGGCGUUCCGCUGGUGGGUGAUAGUGCGCGCUGCUCUAGGAAAUGGGGCGCGACGGUGAAUUUUUAUCGAGAGCCGGGGGACUGGGUACGUGAUUCCGCGCGCUCCGCCGGUUCCUCGCUCCGUCUAUAAUUAACGGCGUCGCGUCGGCGGUGCGGUGCGGCGCGCGGUGCGCCGGAGAAAGCGGCUCGGCACCGCUCCGACAUUCGAGGGCAGCCGACGCGUGCGAGGCGUGCGACGCGAUCACCGAACGCGUCGCGUCGGACCAACGGAUCCUCGCCUCGAAUCGUGGCCGCGCGAACCUUGACCGUGAGACCGCGACGAGGUUCUCUCGAAACGACCUAUAAACCCGGUGUAUUUUCGGAUUCCCCCACGGGACCGCGAUGCGUUCUCGCCUCGCAUCGGAAUACCACCAGUGGGCGAGGAGGACGAGGAGGAGGAGGACCACCGCGAUCGCAAGCAGGACCACCAACACGAUCCUCGUCCCUUCCAGCGAGCGAAUUCGCGUCUGAGUGCGACGCUGGAUGGACCUACUCGCUCCGGUUCCUUUUGGUCUCGUUGGAAUCGGUUCGGUGUUCGAAGCCUAAACGCGGCUAUUGGUCCAAGGACCGAACCUCGAUCUCGCCGAGAUCGCGCGCGAACGGAGUAUCGCCGCAGCUCCAGAUCGUGUCUGCAGCGCGUGAAUCCGGACUCGCGGGCGGCGCGUCCAGUGCAUCGGCAGGUCAGCGGCUGCUCGGUUCAUCCGCAGCGGUCACCAGUCUUCGAGCGUUCGUUAAUCAUGCGCGUUCGAAGAGGAGGCUGAGAUCGGCGGGGGUACGAGGACGCGGCGAAGAGCCAGGCGAAAGCUACCCCGCCGAAAGCGAAGAGACAAAGGAGGGAGGGACGCUUUUAAACCGAUGAGAUGACAGUGUUGUGCGUGCUGUGGGCAACCUUGUCCACCGUGGCGUCGAUUCUCGCCUGUUCCGGAUUUUAUCUGCCUUACUGGAUUCAGGGACGACUGUUGGGAAAAGCGGACGCGUAUUUUAGUUCCUUUCGGCGCUGCAACUAUCCACGAAUAAGGGCGCCGAACACCGCUCCCGAAAUAGUUUACGAGUGCGCCAGGUAUUCCAGUUUCUGGGACAUACCGAGCGCUUGGUGGCAGGCGAGCACCGUCACGAUGGGAAUCGGUGUCGCGAUCGCGGUGAUCGGCGCGCUGACCCUGCUGGCCGCAGCCUCCAGCUUCCUGCCGCAUAUUCUGAAAACGCCCAAGCACACCAGAGUGUUGGGCAGCUUGCAGUUGCUCGCUGCAGUGAUGAUAUGCGGUGGUUUGGUGAUGUAUCCCAUAGGAUGGGACAACAGGGAGGUGCGGGAGUCUUGCGGGAAAGGUGCUAACGUGUACAAUCUCGGAAAGUGUUCCGUGUCCUGGUCGAGCCAUUUGCUGAUCGGCUCUGUGGCGUUGCUGAUGUUGUGCUUCGGGCUGAGCUUCUGCGCCACGCGACACAAACCAUCGAAUCCCCGCACCGAUCCGCUGCGCAUUUGACAAUCGAGAUAUUCCCAGUCGAUUCACGCGUACGCUUCGCCGAAGACGACCACCACCCUGUCGUUCGUGACCGUCUGCUGAUCCCGACGAUCGUGGACCGCGUACGACGCGGCGUGGUCGCCGCAGCUUCCGGUUAACCGGUUGGUUGGCUGGCUGGUUGGCUGGCUGGCUAGCUGGCUGGCUGGCCCGACGGUCGACUCCUCUACUCUCUACUUAUAGGUGAACGUUUACGUGUGUAGCGUAUAGUACCGGGAUCGGGCGGAAGUCUUUCUCCACCGUUCGGUCUUCUCUUCGAAAGAACCGCGCUCGACGACUAGCAUUUCCAAUCGUUCCUCCUGGAAAUCGCUGACCGGUGUUCACAGCCUAAAUGGCGCGGCGACGUCUGCGAGCUUCUUGACCAGCAAACGACUAGGUUCCGAUCGCCUAAUUUUUCUACGCUGCCGCUAGAUCUCGACCGGAAUACAAUUUUUCGUGGAAAUCUCGGAGGUUCUCUUUGAGGCAGCGAUCGGUUGCCUCGUCGAGCACGUACCGGGGUGAACUGAAUUUCCUAAACGACGUAGGGCCCCCCAGUAGCGGUAGCCGCGUACGCGAGAACGUGGCGCGCGUUGGACCGCGAGCGAAUCGUUUCACGUUAUGGAUUUCCUAACUUUGUAGCGAGGAUAAUAGAUUCAAUUAGGAAUUAGACGUAACGCGCGCGCGCGCCCUUCCGGUGUAACGGUUCCUCCGUGGCGGGAAAGGAUGUGAUUAAUUCCUAUCGGGGGAAUCGAACUCGCGCGCCGACUUCGGAGUUGUUCGCAAAGUCGCGCGUCGCAGGGGCGAGCAAACGAUUUCUUAUUUCUCGAAUUCGCCAUGGGGUAAUGUAUACCGCCGUAUCAAGUAAUUACGAGUAGGUACCCUCGCGGUGGUUCGAAUCCCAGCGCGAAAAAGCUGGGAACGUCAGUGCUCGGGGUUCCAUUUUGAAACGUGAAAAGACGAACUCGCGUGCGACGAAAUAAUCGCAUUGUUCGGAUUAAAUUCGCAUUGUUCGACCCGCCAGCGGUUCGUUCGCGUUGCUUACGCGCCAACGGUUCCUGCCGAAUGCCCGUUCGGUCGACGCCAUUUCGACGCGUGGCGCCUGCCGUCGAACAGACAGCCAACAAAAAACAAAAUAUAACAUCACCGAUGCGGGAAUGAAAAUUCUCUGGGAUGGAAAAGCGGAGAGAAAAUCCCGCUGCCGGAAAGUUCGUCGAACUGCUGAAAAACUGCAGAGCCUAUCACGCGAUCCUGAUUUCUCGGCUCGUUUUCACGUACUCGCACGACCGCGGAGACCGAAUUUUCGCGGAACGCGAAGCGACGAGCCGCGGCGCCCGUAUUUUUCAAAAUAGAAGAUUUCAUUCGGAUAUCGAGUCGGUUCGGAAUCUACGCCGCGCGGAGCUUCGACGAACCGUGAAACGGAUGAGCAAGUUAGCGAUAGUUGCGACGGAACUGCCGCGAUCCGUCGGGUUUUCUCUACGGAAUGCGCAAGAUUGUUUUCGCAGAGCGGAAACUCGACGAUGGAACUUGGUUGAAUUUCCGUUGCGUCGGUGGGAGACGCGCAAAACUCGGGGAAUCGUUCGGAGGAAGACCAGUUUCAAUGAUAAUCGUUCCGCGGAGCGUAGUCGAGUUCCAGUUUCAGCGCGAAACCCGAUCGCGCGGUCCCUCUUCGCUCGCGGAGUCCGGUCGGAGUUCCUUUUCAAUGAUCGCGGUGCCGCGACGCUGCUGCUCUUUAAUCGAACGCCUCGCGAUCGAUCGUUUCGAAAGUUUUCCCGGAGGAAAUCGAGCCACGAGGACAGCAAGAUUUACUCUUGAGAUUUAAGUAACGGUAGUAAAAGGAGUGGAGCGGCGUGAAACAACGGGACGAAGUAUGCGUCCAUUUCCUCGUCCCGACCCAGAUGCGAAGAGUCGCGACGUGACUCGAGACGAAACGACACCGAACGACACCGAACGAAACCAAACGAAGCGAAUCGAGCGAAUGGCUUUUGCUCGUGACACGCGCGUUUCCUACACCCGCCCGAUUUAUCCUUUAUACUCUUUCCCGGUGAAUCCCGGCGAGCGUUUAACGGGUGUUCGCCGUGAAAAUUAUUACGAUCGACUUCCCGUUCUCAACCACCUUUCCGUUUCUGGUGUUCGCCGGGCUCCUCCUACUGGCGGAGAUCCUACGUGCAUUUUCCCACGUUCGUAGCAAGUGUUUUCCUGUCGAUCGAAAAUCGACCGUUCCACUGGAAGUUGCAGUCACGGAAGCGAACUUCUAGCUCCUGUUCUGGAAUUCUUCCGCUCUCGUCGCUGUUCUCGCGAUUUUUAUAGCGAUCCCGUUUCGUUCGCGUUAUCCGUUGAUUUUCGAGGAAACUGGCAUCGAUCGAACGCGGGGAACGUAUCGAAAAGUUUAAUCUCUCGCCUCGCGCGAUUUGCUUUGAAGAUGUUCUCCUCGGUGUUGAAAUAUCCUUAACACGUUAAGCGAAAAUCUUAAGUGUUUUUCUGCAGAAUUAUUCUUUCGCGGAAAAGAAGAGCAAGAACAAUUAUGAAUUAUUUGCUGUUACAAUGCUUGCGUUACAUUAUUAUCAAGUUAGUUACGUUAGUAAACAUUUGCGUUUGACUUCGGUUAUCUUGCAUGUUACGAUUGUUUUCUAAUCAUUCAGAAAUGUCGGUCUCUAAUAGCUGACAUGGCGCUUAACGUGUUAAUAAUUAUCUGGACAAAGGGAUGCGACGUUCGUUAUAAGUCUGUGUUUAUUACGAAGAUCAACCUUCGCAAGGGAAAGAUUGAAUUACGGUAGAAGCUUAAAUUCAGUUUCUAGACUAUAUCACGAGUCCCACUCUACGUUACAGGGCGAGGGGUUAACGGUGUUCCUAUCGUUCCGAGUCUAUCGAACCCGAGACGGUAGCUCUGUGGUCGGGUUCGGCGGUGCAGACCUGUUGCCGGAAUAUCUUUUCGCCAGCCCGCGGUGUCUCGUCGCGGAAUUGGCAACGAAAUCAAGAUCGAGACAACCGGUGGCGUCGCAUGCGUUUCGUUUGAGGUAGUGCGGUUUCGAAGCCUGGCUUUCCGCAGCGAGACGCGUCGCGCCGCGUUCCAGUUCCUUUUUUCGCUCGAACGAGCUCGAGUUUCCUUUGAAACCCGGAAACAGCGUUCCUCUUUUCAGCGAUUCAAAUUUCCCGCUUUCGACAUUUGUACUUUUUAACCGUAACGCACAGUCCCCGACAACGCCGUUCGCUGUUCCGGGUCCAGUUGGCUCGCUCGAUCGAUCGACGCGCGGCGAAAGGCCAAAGGAAAUAACAACGAAUUAGCUUCGAGCGAUCGCGUAGAAGGAUGACGGCGGAUCGAGUCGAAAAAUCGGAACGUCCGCCGCGAAACGCAACGUUCGUCGACAGGGCAACGGUCUUAGGAUCUCGCGAGAGAACGCGGGUGCGGCGAAUUCGUGACGGUUUUCGACCCGUCCUUCCUUAUUUGCAUGGAAAUUGCUGCUCUGUCGGAUUGCGCGAAAAAGGGGACCGCAGGAAAAAAAGAACCGCAGCUCGACCGAGCCUGGACGCUGCGCCGCGACGACAGAGUUUAAUAAAUCAACUUGCCGUCACGGACCGCGCGCGUCAAACGGCGCGUAAUCGACUGCCGCGAUACGCACAAAUGCGACGGACGCAAAAAACUGGGGGACGGAAAAUGUAAAUUGUUCCCAGUUACGAACACGCGUGUGCGCGAUAACGUUUGCGAGAAUGUCGAUACCGCGAUGCGCGAGCCGAACGAGGGAUCCCGUGAGCGAGCGCCCGCGAGAGAAAAGCAGUGCCCGUGGAAAUAACGGAGAAAAUAAUGGUCGUUCGACGUCCGAGCGACGGAACGUUCCCGAUGAAGCUCGAGACCCGUCGACGCGUGAAAUUUGUCGGUUCGUUUUCCCCGUCGCUGUGUUUCUGGCUGUGCUCGGAAGAAGUCGAAGCGUUCUCCGAUCAAACGUCGACGCGGGGUAAGAGAAGAGCCGCGCGGUUACGCGUAAUCGCGGGAACGAUCGUCACAGUUCUCAUCUGUAUCCGUGGAAACCGGACUUUUUCUAGGCUAACGAACCCCGUUGAAAGCAACGCGAGCUUGGCGAGCUCCUCGUGCUCGCCCGUGUCCUUUCACUUCCGUAAAUCUUCAACGACUGUACAUACUAAAUAUACAUAGAUAUAUUAUAUAUAUAUAUAUAUAUACAAAUAUACAUAUAGUACCUACGUAAAUAUUCGACGUGGCGUAAAUGUUACCUAUCAUUACUAUAUAUUUUAUAAUAAA